AUGUCUUAUAACCCUCGUUGUCUUCACAUUACUUCUUCUCCAAAACAAACAAAAGAAAUAUUCAAGAAAAAUAAAAAGCCAAACCAAACAAGAAAUGUUAAAGUAAGUUUAAUAAAAGACUUAGCCCAGACAUUAGAAAAUGGAGUAUUUCAUUUUUAUGACUUUGAAUAUGCAGCUCAAUUUUCAGAGAAGAUUUUUCCUAUUGAAAUUGGUAUAUCAAGUUAUUCAUUAAAGGAGAAUAAAGAAAUAGCUUCAUAUCAUAAAUUAUUAUAUCCAGGAAAAUUUAAAAAUGUGUUUGCCCGAACACAAAUGAUACAUGGGAUUGAUGCUCGUGAUCCUAGAUUAGAACAAAACUAUUCUUUAGUAUGUAUUGAAUUAAUAAAAUAUAUUGAACAAUUUCCAGGACUUGCAUUCUUUGUAUCAAAAGAAGAAUCACUAGCAGGAGAUAAAAAAUGUAUUGACGAAAUUUUUUUACGUGGAAAUGUUCCAAUUCCAAAACAAAUUCGAUUUAUUACUCAUAUUCAAUUAUUUGAUUAUUGGUGUUCUAUUCAACAUAUUGAACUUCAUGAAAAAUCUUCAUUUAUAUUAAAUCAUAUUUUUAAACAAUUAGAAUGUGCAGAACGUUGUGAGUAUCAUAAAAAAAUUAAUCAAAAAUAUCAUUGUGCAUUAUCAGAUGCACGUCACACUUCAUUAAUGGAAUUAAUUUGUAUGAAAAGUUAUGGAGCAACAAUUAUCGGAAGUGACACAUUACCAUCAGUUAAAUUUGUUAAAAGUGUCUGGACUUUAAAAACAAAUAUUUUAUUUGUUAAUACAACAUCAUAUUCAGAUGGUUCACCAUUAGAAGUAGCGUUUACAAUGUUUGAUUUGUCUCAGUUACAAAUAAUAGAUCAACAAGUAUUUUAUCUUAAACCAUUCAACGAUAAUUUUUAUUACUCUCCUUCUUGUGAAAGAAUAAAUGAUUAUUUUGAAUCUCAUGACCUUACAAACGAUUUGUGUAUUGAUAAAAUGAAUGAAUAUAUUGAUUUUAUUACAAAAAAUAAAGAUACAAUUGUUGUUUGUCUUGUUGGAAAACUUACUAAACUAAUUCCAACAUUAUUUAUUACUCAUUUCUUGUCAAGGUCUUUAGUAGAAUUUGAGAAAGAGCUAUUAGUUAAAUUAGCUCAACAACAUGUAGUUGUAACUCCAAAAGUAAGUGUUUUUCAAAAUGUACUAAAGUCUAUUACAUUAAAAGAAUGUGAUUCAUGUAAACUACAUAUGAAUACUUCUGAUGUAUGUUGUUUACAUUCGACUUAUGAUUUUAUUCAAAGUGUUCAGUAUGUAAUAAGACAUUUCUUUGCAGCUAUACAACUUUGUGAAUCUAAAGAAAAUGUUGAAGAAAACGUUGAAGAAAAUCAACCCAUAAAGACAAGGUGUGCUGUUAUUAAGUCAGAAACAAAAAUGCCAGAAGAAGUAGAAGAAGAAGAUAGUGAUGAUUCUCACACUAAAGAAACUCAAACCACUGAAACUGAUACACAACAAGAUGAAAGUGAUGAAUUAGAAAAGAAAGUUAAGAAAACUAAAAAGGCAAGAAAAACUGUAAAAAGGAAUGGACUUAAAUAUGAUAGUUCAACAUAUGCCUCAUUCCAUUUUGAAUAACCUUUUAAUCUUAAUGAAUUUUAGAUUU